AUGGGCAUAGAUCCAGAAACGCGAAGAAAGCUAUUGGGGCUCCAAAAAACUGGAGAAAACAAGAAAUGCUUUGACUGCGCCGCCCCAAAUCCACAGUGGGCCACUCCAAAAUUUGGUAUUUUUAUCUGUCUCGAAUGUGCCGGAAUCCACAGAGGACUCGGAGUUCAUAUAUCGUUCGUGAGGUCGAUAACCAUGGACCAAUUCAAGCCUGAGGAGGUGCUCAAGUUGGAAAACGGAGGUAAUGCCAAUCUUCGCGAAUAUUUUACUGCAAAUGGUGUUGACUUGAACCUCCCAGCCAAAUUGAAAUACGACAAUUAUGUGGCUGAAGACUACAAAGAGAAGCUUAACUGUGAAAUCGAAGGAAGAGAAUUCGUGCCUAAGGAUCAUACGGGAGAAAAGUUGCCCGACAUCAACAGCGUUGGCGUAUCUGCUGGUAUUAAUGGUUCAUACAAGGACGAUGUUUCACAAGAUCCUAUUCUGAGUCGUCGCAGUACACCGAACCAACCUGGGUUAACUGGUGAGCAAAAAGUCAAAAAUGAGGCGUAUUUCGCUCAAUUGGGCUCAAAGAACAACUCAAGACCGGAAGAUGUCCCUCCGUCACAAGGUGGAAAGUACGGUGGAUUUGGCAACACUCCAACACCAGCAGCAUCCAGUAGAAACGGCGGUACGUUAUCACUGUUUGACAUGGAAACUUUCCAAAAGGACCCAUUGGGCACACUCACGAAAGGAUGGGGUUUGUUCUCGAGCACGGUGGCCAAGUCCAUGAAUGAGGUGCACGAGUCGGUGAUCAAGCCUGGCUAUACUCAGCUCCAAGAAAGCGAUAUUGGCGCGGAAGCCAAAAGAGCCAUGGCCCAGUUUGGCCAAAAGAUGCAAGAAACAGGAAAGUAUGGACAGGAGACAUUCCAGCUGUUCACCAAGGACCGCCAACCUGUUGACUCCAAGUUUGGUAAAUUGUUCGACGGAUUGAGUGUUGAAGAGAGUAAUGUUCAACCGGCAUUUGGAUUCGAGAAGCCCAAGGAAAAAACCAAGUUACAAGGAAUGGGCAGAAAGCGCCAGGAAGACACCAAGGGCGAUGACAAAUGGGAUGACUUUUAA